AUGUUUUUGGACACGAGUGGGAUCCCCUUUCGUUCGGAGCAGGUUUUCAAUGGAUCUUGGAACAGACAACAUGGAUCUAAUCUUAGUUUCACAACUAUGCUUUUGUUAGGCUAAUUUUUGGGGCCAGAAGAUGCAUUUACAUUUUCUGUUUGUCUUCACCACUGAUCCACAACGCUCUACUUUCGAUGGUGCCUUUAUUCAACACCAUGAAUGAUGAGGACAGACUGCACAACAACGCUGUCGCCUGGUUAAUAUGUGCAGGGGUAUCACUCUUGGCAAAUACAUGGGGGAUACUCAGUGUGAGUGCCAAACAAAAGAAAUGGAAGCCCCUGGAGUUUUUAAUUUGCACCUUGGCUGGAACUCACAUCCUUAACGUCACCAUCCCUGUCACCAUCUAUUCUGUGGUCCAACUCCGCAAGCGCCACUCGGACUACGAGUGGAAUGAAGGACUCUGUAAAGUGUUUGUGUCGACUUUUUACACCCUAAGUCUGGUGACCUGUUUUUCGGUCACUUCUCUAUCAUAUCAUCGGAUGUGGAUGGUCCGCUGGCCAGUAAAUUACAGGCUGAGCAACACAAAGAAACAAGCAGUGCACACUGUGAUGGGAAUAUGGAUGGUAUCAUUCAUACUUUCGACCUUGCCCGCUGUCGGGUGGCAUGACACGACUGAAAGAUUUUAUUCCCGGGACUGCCGCUUCAUUGUUACCGAAAUUGGACUCGGGUUUGGAGUGUGCUUUCUUCUUUUGAUCAGCGGCAGUGUGGUCAUGGGGGUGGUUUGCAUAGCAAUUACACUUUUUCAGACAUUUUCUAUCCAAACUGGGCAAAACGUUGAUAAACAUAAAUUCAACGUGCCUACUAUUGUGGUGGAGGAUGCUCAUGGGAAAAGAAGAUCGUCCAUUGAUGGAUCCGAACCUAUUAAGACUUCACUUCAAAUAACCUAUCUGAUAUCGGGGAUUGUAUUUAUAUAUGACUUCUUGAUGGGCUUUCCAAUUCUGGUUGUGAGCUUUGCCAGCUUGAAGUUUGACACGUCGUACGAGUGGAUGGUGCUGUGCGUUCUCUGGUGCACUGUAGUACAAGCUCUUCUUCUCCCGAUGUUCCUGUGGGCCUGCGACCGAUACCGCUCUGACGUAAAGGCCGUCUGGGACAAGUGUAUAGCGAUUAUGUCUAAUGAUGAUACGGACGAAGAUCACAGUCCAGACGGUGGCAUCCACUCUGAUCUCAUAUAUGAAAGGCCGUAUGAUUACAAUUAUGGAGGUGACAUUAUGGCCAUGGAACGUAUUACCAAAUAUGACAUUUCAGCGUUAGAAAGGGGAAUUCCGCACAUUUAUCCAACAAAAGAAAUCCAAGACGAUAAAAUGCACUAUCUUCAGGUCCCGCCAACAAGAAGGUAUUCACAUGACGAAACAGACAUUUGGGCUCCCGGACAGAUUCCCGCCUUCCUUCACACCUGGGGUUCUGCUGAAGACAUGGCCGCAAUCUCAUUCUUCACCCUGCCGAGACGCGAAAGAAGGAGCAGCUUGGCAUCGUACCACGAGGAAUGUAACAUGCCGUAUCGGAAGUGCCGCAAAUCGUCCGAAAGCCUCAUUUCACUGAAACACUUUACCUUGGAGGAACUGUAUAAAGAAAAUUAUAAAUGCUUUAGUCGGGAGGAGAUUGUCAGUUUUAUUGAUGAAACCCCCCUUCCGAGUCCUCGGAAAACCGCAAUGAGGUCUUCGUCGGUCUCCUUGAUACCGGACAGUUUGCAACGUCAGACAGUCGCCCACUUUGCUCUCACGGACUUUGAACGGGAGCCACAAGUCUUAAGACGAUUGUCGUCCCACGGAAAAGGUUGCACGCUCAACGUGCCUGGUCACCCAAGGCCUCCCGAUGAACACAAAAGGUUCUACACGGAGGGACACCGGGGUAACCGUAGUGGUCAAAGACAUCUUCAAAAGAUGGAGUCUCAAAGGUUGGACGAAAUUGCCGCAGAAAAUUCUGCCAACGCAUGGACGGAACAAGAAAACCAACUGAACGUGCAAAGCAAAGAAAGCACAAACAGCUAUUUAAGUUUGCCUUCUGCAUCCUCUGGCUAUAUAACAUUCAAUUCCGAUUCCAUCGGUUCUACUUCCUAGGGGUGGGGGUGGGGUUAAAAAAAAAAAACUUUAGGAUUUAAGAUAUGUCAGGAUAUUUAAUUUCAGGGUUUAAUAUUUUUACUCUUGUCUUUUUGAUACCUGGAAUUGGAAUUAGAACCAAAGAAGAAAAACUGGUAUUUUAAAUUGUCAGACACACAAAUUUUAUCUUUGUGGAUUUCUUACGGGGGGGGUGAAAAAUAAAUAAAUAAAAUUAAAUAUUCAGGAAAUCGAAUCUGCACAAAACAUAUUCAAUGUUUUCAUGGCGGUUAAAAAAGAGGUUUCUACUCGUUAUUCUGGAUAUUUCAAUAAAUAAUAUACGGAAUUUAUGCCUUUGAGCUCCGAAGAAUUAUAAAAAAAACCCAACACAUUAUCUCCGAAAACAUCAUCAAUAAACAUAAUAUAUGCAUGCAUAUGUAUCGCUCAAAUCACGCUCUCUUGGUGGCUUUUUUUAUUAUAUACACCCUACAAUUUUCUAUUACGGAAACAAAUUGUGCUCUGUGUGGUUUAUACGGAAUAUCUGAAAUGAUUGCUUUUAUAUAAAAUAAUAGCGUUCCUCCAGUUUUAAUGUAUUGUAUUUUAUUUUUUUUCCGUACCGUAUCAUAUCACAUCUUACAUACAACUCUAAGAAUAUGUGUCCCUUUACAUGUAUGAUGAAAACAGAUAUUACCUGUGUGAACAUUUCUCUCCUCGCAGGAAGAGUGGAUUAUUAGAUUAGUUUUGUGUCUGCGAUUUGUGUAUUUGUACAUGUGCAUUUUUAUUUUUUUUUUCGCCAUGCAUAUCUCCCAGAAAAUAAAUGAUACAUUCUUUUAAAAACAA